AAGAAAGAAAGAAAGGAGAAAGGAGCAAGACGCGUCUAAGACAUUAUAGAUCAAGUUGGAAACUGGAUUUAGAAGAAGCUUGGAAGCGUAGAAGUAUUAUUUGCUCUCUUCUCGAGCGGAUAUAUAAGAAAGUCGAUUCUUUCGAUCACUGACAGUUUUCAUCCGGUGAUCGUAACUCUUAGAUUAUCGUUUGUAUUGAUUGAUAUAAGAUAAGGAAAGAAUAACAAAAAGAAAGAAAGAAAGAAAAAAAAAAGAAGGACAAAGAAAGACCAAAAAAAGAAUAUUAGAAGGAAAGAGAAGAAAAAAGAAGGAGAGAAAAAAACAAAGUUCUCAAUGAAGGGUUACAAGAAAAGUUUGAUGUUCAUCGUAGCAAGCAUGGUGGCGUUCGUCGAUGCGUUUAAAAACGGAAGAUCCAUCUACGAGAGAAACUUCCCCGGGUAUCAAGGACCUCGUCAGUAUCCACCCUAUCACGAACAGCAUAGACCCUUUCGAGAACAACCAUUUGGCCAAUCGAUCCGUACCUAUCGUCAACCUACAUCCUAUCGAGAACAUUCACCGUUUAGAAAUUAUUCGAGCUUAAAAAAUUUUCCAAAUUAUCGAGAAUCACCUUUCCAAAAUUCACAAUCAUCAUCAUUAUCAUCAUCGUCGUCAUCGUCAUUCUUUGGUCAUCCAAGUUCCUCUCAGAUCACCCGUGCUUCCUUUGGAAAUGAAUAUGCCUUUCAUAAUGAAUAUUUCAAGAAUCGAUCGCCGUCCUAUCUACAAUCAACUCGUAAUUACUUCCCGAACGAGCUUCGACAUUCACCUACAUGGACCACGUCCUAUCGUUCGGGACCUUACGGGAAGACGAUAGACACGUACGAAGAACUCGAGAAAGAAACUCGGCAACGUUUGCCCUUCGACGAGCCUUCCAAUUACUUGAAAUACGGAAAUCAUGGUCUUGGUUUCGCAUCGGUACCCGACGGUUUCGAUGAAAAUACUUUACCAUUGGACACGGAAACAUCUACGACAUUGUCAACGACACUGACUGCUACCCACAAGCCAUUAGCGGAAGAUACUGUCUCCGCCACUACGCAAACUAUUCCCGAACUUCACUCCUCCUCAACCACAGAGCCGAAAAUCGUAGAGAAGUCGGUUACGAUGAUUACAACUACGUCGAGACCAAACGUUGAGUUGAACACGUUAGGUAACGCGGCAUCCGGUACGACAAACAUUUUACUUCCUACGAUGCCUUCGAUGUCAGCAACGCCAAAGCAAUACUCAUCCGAUGAUACUCAUAUCCGGAUGACCCUGACCACAGUUUCAAACUCAUCCGAUACGGUCACUGAAUCUCCCGUAGGUUCUUUCGAUGGAAAUUCCAUCAUUCCAAGCGACAAACAAACGUCCGCGAUAAGCCCGCCGUCGUCGUCGUCGUCGUCGUCGUCGUCAUCUUCGUCGUCGUCUGUUACGCUCGUUCCUAACAGCUUUCAAAAUGGAUUUUAUAAGAACGUAAAAGAUCAAUCAAACGAACUAUCAAAGAGCAACGUUCAACAAAGUAUAUUAGAUUUACCGGCCACUUUAAAAACAAGUAAUCAGGAUAACACGUUUCUUCCUUUAACCAAUUUAAAAAGUGACAAUUAUCAAGAUAUUGUCAAUUUAUCUGCCAUCCAGCAAAGUGGCGUUCAAGAUACGUUAUUAAACUUACAAAACUCUUGGAAGAAUACAUUGGAAAAGAGUGUUAUAAAUAUACAAAAUAGCCCGACUAGUAGCAUUCCGAGUUCACUCUUAAAUUAUUUAAUAUCGAGGGAACCAAAAAAUAACGUACAAGAUGCCAUGUUAAAUUACAUAUUACCAACCGAAACGAAAUUAACUUUAAAGGAUAACGUUCAGAGUAAGAUAGUUGAUUAUGUAAUGCCAGUGGAUUCUACGAAAGACAUGUUAAAAAAUAAUUUGCAAAAUACAUAUUUGAAUUAUAUAUUACAAGGAGAAGGGAAACGUAGUUUACCAUUUCAACCAUUAGAAUCUGGGACCUUUAAUUACGUUCCAAUGGCAAUCCCUACGGAGCAAAAAUUAACUUUGCCAAUUAGCACAUUAUCUUCUGUGGCUAAUCCUAUGGAAAAUAUCAAUUAUAUUCCGAAGACGUCUUAUUUGAAUUUAGAUCCUAUGAUGUCAUCACGUUUAACAUUGGAUUCCAACCAUCCAGAAAGUUUGUCAGGCAGUCUACAAGGAAGUCUCUCCGCAAGUAUUCCCAACAGUAUACCUGGAAGCAUACCUGCCAGCAUUUCUGCGGCUAUACCCGGUACCAUAUCAACUGGCAUACCUACGAACAUUCCUACUACGAUGGAGUUUGCACAAACUUUCCAACAACCGACUCAAAUUCGUCCUUUACAAACAAGUGUCACACCUUAUUCCGGGAUGCAGUUGCAGUUGGGUGGAUUCGGUGGAAUAGAUUAUAGUCUUCGCUCGAGUAGUCCUGAGGCAAGACCAAUGGAGCUUGGCAUUGCAAAAGUGGGUUUGGCUGUGCGAGAAUUUCCGAGGCCGCAGAAUCCCACAUUCGCAAAGAUUGGAUUCGGACAAAGUUUCUGGUAGUUUUCUGUCGAUAUCACGUUGCAUAAGAUUGCAUCUUUAAAAAAAAAAAAAAAAGAAAAUCCAUACCAUCGAGAAAAGAGAUGUAUACUUUAGUUCGGGUUCACUUCCAGUCGUAGUUCACUUGUGACCCCAAUCCCCGGAUGAAACUGCCAAAGGACAACCCUCUUUCCCAAGAACUUGGAAAGCUCCCAAGGACUUGGACUACGCGCCAUCAUUAUAUUCCAUAGGGUUUCCUUCUCCUAUCCAUCUUUCCAUUGCAUAU